GGGGGAACAAGGGGCGGCUGUGGAGCUUCCGCCGGCGGUGUGGCCAUGGCAGCGGGUUCCUUCCGGAGGAGCAUUGCUUCCCAGCUUUCAAAAGUUUUGGAUCUGCCACCAGAGUAUUUAAUAAAGUCCAUAUCUGCAGUUCCUGUCUCCAAAAAACGGCACGUUGCUGAUUUCCAGCUCUCCAUUGCUUCCAUAAUAGAAAACAGCUCUGGAGAUUGCUUAGCACAGGACCUGCAUCUUCAGGCUCAGCAGCUUGCUGAAAGGCUACAAUGUGAUUCAGUAGUGAGUGCAAUCAGCGCUGGUCCAGGGACAGUGAAUUUUACAAUAAACAGGGAAUUAUUGGCAAAGACUGUGCUGCAGCAGGUGUGGAAGGAUGGCUCAAAGUAUGGAGUAAAAAGUGAACUUUUCUCUACAGUUCCCAGACAAAAGGCAGUGGUUGAGUUCAGCUCCCCCAACAUUGCCAAGAAGUUUCACAUGGGACACCUGCGUUCCACCAUAGUCGGGAAUUUUAUAGCAAAUCUCAAAGCAGCGCUGGGACAUGAAGUAGUGAGAAUAAAUUACCUUGGUGACUGGGGCAUGCAGUUUGGCUUAUUGGGUGUUGGUUUCCAAUCCUUUGGCAACAAAGAAAAACUGAAAUCUAGUCCUUUGCAACACCUUUUUGAGGUGUAUGUGCAGAUUAACAAAGCAGCAGAAGAUGAAAACACAAAAAAGCUGGCUAAGGAUUUCUUCAGAAAACUGGAGGAACAUGAUGAGCAGGCAUUGUCAAUUUGGCAGCAAUUUAGGGACCUCAGUAUUGAGGAAUACGUCCGGAUUUAUAAGCGUCUAGGAGUGCACUUUGAUGAAUAUUCUGGAGAGUCAUUUUACCAAGAGAAGGCCCAGGAAGUUCUGAAGAUGUUGGAAGAUAAAGGACUCCUUCAGAAAACAAUGUAUGAGCUCAUUCAAUCUGUUGGUGCACUUUAUUUAACAUCUCAGUUGCACUUCAAACAAGAUAAGAUGAGUGAGUGCCAUCAGUGUUUUCCCCUGGCUUACAGAAAAGGGACAGGAGUUGUGGAUCUCUCGGAGAAGAAGGACCUCUCGACAGUCUCCACCGUCAUGCGCAGUGAUGGGACAUCCCUUUACAUAACAAGAGAUCUCGCAGCUGCUAUAGACAGGAUGAAUAAGCACAGCUGGGAUACCAUGAUUUAUGUGACAGAUAAAAGCCAAAGUAAUCACUUUCAACAUUUAUUCCAAAUACUGAAGCUCAUGGGUUAUGACUGGGCAGAAAGGUGCCAGCAUGUGUCUUUUGGUCUUGUUCAAGGAAUGAAGACUCGGAGAGGAGAAGUAGUUUUUCUGGAAGAUGUUUUAAAUGAAGUUCGCUCAAGGAUGUUACAAAACAUGACUUCCACAAAAACAACCAAAGAGACCCAAGAUCCUGUGGAGACAGCAGAGAAGGUUGGUCUUGCAGCACUCAUAAUUCAGGACUUCCGGGGCCUGCUGUCAUCUGAUUACCAGUUCAGCUGGGAGCGAGCUCUCCAGAGCAGGGGAGAUACAGGGGUGUUCCUGCAGUACACCCAUGCCAGACUCCAUAGUUUAGAACAGAUGCAUGGGAAUGCAGAGCUAACUGAUGUGAAUGUGUCAUGCUUGCAAGAGCCAGAUGCCAUCUCUGUUCUUCAGCAUCUUCUCAGCUACGAUGAGGUCCUGUACAGAUCUUCUCAGGAUCUGCAACCCAAGCACAUUGUCAGCUACCUCCUCACACUGAGCCACCUGGCAGCCGUGGCACACAAAUCCCUGCCCGUGAAAGGCAGCGCCCCCGCCGUGGCACAGGCACGGCUCUGUCUCUUCCACGCAGCACGCUCAGUUCUAGCCAACGGAAUGAAACUUCUUGGCAUUACACCUGUAAAUCAAAUGUAACGAGGCCAUAUCCCAUGUCAAGUCAUAUCUCAUAGUAAAAUGAUUUUUUCCACAAUAA